CGAAAAACAGCAUUUUCGUCGCCCCCGAGGCUCGCGCUUUCUGAAUCAGACCCCAGCACACGCUCGCUCCCUCGCACGCACAAAAGCGAGGCGCAGAGGAGAAAUCUCCAUCCAUCCGAUCGGUCGCGUCGCGUCGCAUCGCAUCGCACCGCACAGCACGCAGCAUCGCCGCUCGGGCCUCCGAUUAGGGUUACCGCCGACCGCCGAGACGCUCCCUUCCGAUGGCGACGACGCCCCCCGAAGAGCCGCCGCCGCCGCCGCCGCCGCAGCCGCAGCCGCAGCCGCAGCAGAACCCACCGGCCGGCGCGGCGAAGCCCGGCCUGAGGAAGCCCGUGUUCACCAAGGUCGACCAGCUCAAGCCCGGCACCAACGGCCACACCCUGACCGUCAAGGUGAUCGAGUCUAACCCCGUUUCCUCGCAGCUCCGCCACGCGCGGAUCGCCGAGUGCGUCGUCGGGGACGAGACCGGCACCAUCGUCUUCACCGCCCGGAACGAUCAAGUUGAUUUGUUGAAGACUGGUGCUACUGUGAUUUUGCGCAAUGCAAAGAUCGAUAUGUUCAAGGGUUCAAUGAGGCUAGCAGUUGAUAAAUGGGGCCGUGUCGAAGUCACAGAACCUGCAGAUUUCACAGUAAAGGAGGACAACAAUCUCUCCAUGAUUGAAUAUGAGCUGGUAAAUGUUGCGGACGAGUAGUUGAUAUCUGAUUGCAGCAUCGUCAUACUUAAGAAUUUCUUAGGUUGUUAUAGUCAGUUUCGUAUUAUAGUUUCCCGAUAUAUGCCGAUAUGCUGUACUAUUUUUCUACUUUUAUGUCCGAGAUUCUACUUUGACAAUGACGGAGUGGGAAGGUUUCUAAUUUCCAGGGUCUAGAUUUGGAUUUUACUAGUGAAUCCUUCCUUCUA